AUGACAAAGUCUUGGACUGUCUUUAUAAAUCUCAGUCCAGUGGAGAUCGCCAUAGAGACAUGCGUAUAUGUAUUAAUCGGUUUGACUGCUGUUUCUGGGAAUCUAUUGGUGAUCAUCUCGGUGUAUCGUAACCAUUCGUUACGUAAUACCACCAACUACCUUGCACUGUCCUUAGCAAUUACCGACAUCCUCUCUCCUCUCACAAUUUUGCCUCUAUCAGUGUACUGGCUGAUAGACAUCAAAACACCUCACUUUACCUACGGACAGGCGAUUUGCGACUUUCAAGCAAUCUGGUUCUUUUCUCUAGUUAAUGCAUCAGGUUAUACCAUCACUCUUAUGGCUUACAACAGGUUUGUCUGCGUGUGUAAGACAGAUAAAUACAAACAGAUUUUUACCAAAAAAAAGACGAUUAAUAUGAUCGCUGGCUUGUGGAUGUUGUGUUUUAUUAUCGCAAUUUUACUGGUAAAAGGAGAAAUGUCCUACGCUAAAUUUAACCCAGCAAUUACAAUGUGUACGCUUUCACAAAAACGAAAAAGUGAUUUGAACAAGAUAGCGGGGAAUACACUUCUUGUCCUUGACAUAGCAGUUCCCUACUCAUUUACAGCAUAUUGUUACGGCAAGAUUCUCAAGAAAAUCCAUCAUCAUAAGAGAAGUGUUGCGCAAGCUCCGUCCAAUAUUAACACACUGGGCGCCAAAGAGAUCAAAAUCACGUGGACAUUGUUUGCAGUGUUGCUUGGUUACAUAGCGCUGUGGUCACCAGUCGCCGUGACCGCGAUUAUAUUAAGUCAUAACAAAGGUCUGCCUCACCUUAUCAGCAGUAUUAUUCCAAUGGCAGCCGCAGCAAGUAGUGCGAUAAACCCAGUGAUUUACGCACUUAUGAGCCCUGAGUUCAGAAAAACUUACAUCAAAACACUGAAAUGUAGAUAA